AUGGGCGUGCUGAUGCGGGCCUGGGGCCGCGACAUGAAGGUCGUGAUGCUCCAGUUCAUCAAGCACACCACCGCCAACUUCGGCGAGCAGCGGGCGGCCCAGAAGAUGGGCAUCACCGUGCGCGCCAUGGGUGACGGCUUCACCUGGCGCUCCCAGGACCUCGACGCCAGCGCCGAUCUGGCCCGCGCCCUGUGGGAGGACGCCAAGGAAGUCAUCGCCGCCGGCGAGUUUGACCUGGUCAUUCUCGAUGAGUUCACCUACCCGAUGCACUACGGCUGGCUCCCCGUUGAGGACGUCGUCGAGGCGCUCAAGGCCCGUCCCGAGAUGCAGCAUGUCAUCAUCACCGGCCGCCACGCUCCCGAAGCACUGGUCGAAUACGCCGAUCUGGUCACCGAGAUGAACGUCGUCAAGCACCCUUACGACGCCGGCAUCAAGGCCCAGCCGGGCAUCGAGUUCUGA